CUUUUCUCGAUAUUUGUAUAAAAGUCGGGUGCAACAUUCCGCUGUGUCGCAAAUGCUUCGUGAAGCUCAAAGAAUUCAAGUCAUCGAAGAAAUAAGGAGGAACAAACAAAUUUAGACGAUAUGAGACUGUUACACGACAUUCGGAGAUACAAUUGGAUUGGCGAUCAACGUCAUACAACCAUUACGUCAUCGAUGCUGGUCAUUUUAUUUAUUGGUUGCAUUCACGUAAUUACAAUUAAUGCACAGCAAAAGGGUGAUGAAGUGUGCGAAACAUUGCCAUCCACGAUUCAUCUAAUCAAAGAGGAAUAUGAUGAAUUGGGCCGAUUGCAACGCACAUGCAACGACGAAGUGCAGGUUAAUAAAUGUGAAGGGCUAUGCAAUAGCCAAGUGCAACCAUCGGUUAUAACACCAACUGGAUUCCUAAAAGAAUGCUAUUGUUGCCGUGAAAGUUACUUACAUGAACGUGUUGUUACUCUAACGCAUUGCUAUGAUCCGGAUGGUACACGACUCACCACAUCCGAAAUGGGAUCGAUGGAUAUUCGUUUGAAAGAGCCAGCCGAAUGUCGAUGUUUCAAAUGCGGUGAUUUUUCACGAUAAAUCAAUCAUCAAUAUUCGAUUCUCAAUAGAUACUUAACUUAAAUCUCAUGUGUCUCAAUUAUCACUACACAAAAUGACAUCAGUGUGAAAAUUGUUCAUUUGACGUUAAUUUUUGAGAAACAAUA